GACAAACUCAACAGUCUUGGUUGAGCUACUUGAGAGGACAAGCAAGUUGUAUGGUUUUAACAACGUACUGAGAGUUGCUGGGCAUCUUCCACAUGCAAGUGUGAAGUACUUUGUCUGACUUGUCACCUCGUACAGUGGCUCAAGACUGUGAAAGAUGAGAAGUAGCUUGGCAAUCCUUGUUCUUGCAUACGCGACCUGUGCAGUAUCUGAGCGUCUGAGGGUGCUUGAAGAUAUUUGCAAUGGCUUCACGUUGACCACCAGAGAAGGUCAAGCCAUCGAGCUGAAGGCCAGAAAACAGCCUGGGCAGAUCAUCGACACCUUCGCCUUCGGCAACAAGUUUGAGAUUGAAGUGCUUUUGCUUCGCCUGUAUGAAAUGGGAGAUGAAGUUGCUGAGUUCCACAUAGUUGAGGGUGAUCGUGACUUCACUGGAUCUCCCAAGGAGUAUGAGUUUGAUCUGGUGCGUGGGAAGUUGGACGCGUGGAAGCACAAGAUCACCUAUCACAAAGCCAAGAUCCCUGCUGGAGUGAAGGACUACGACUUGCAAAAUGCUCAGAGGCUGUCAAUGGACUCCGAGAUGAAGUCGACUCCUCGCGAUCCAGCGGAUGUCCUUCUUGAGGGCGACCUGGACGAGAUCGUUCACCAUCGGACGCUCCAGGUUCUGAGAAACUGCGAGCCUGCUUCUGGCGCUUGGAACACGCGCAUCCGCAUGGGCAACUUCUACUACACGAUCGGGUGGACCACGGGUGAUUGGGAACACCCUACCACCGCUUCAUUCUUCAGUGAGGAUCACCCUGCCAAGUGGUCCACCUCAUUCACUUCGUCCACUUCUGGCAUGUCUUCCUUCGCUGAAGCCAAGGCCAUUUGGGAUCGGCCAAAUCUGCUGAGCUCCAGAGAUGGCCCCACUGGUUGGCACCUGGGUUGGAUCCUGAAUGGUGCUGAGGGCUUGGCUCGAAAGAUCUUUCUCCUAGUCGAAGGUCGACCAGUGUGGGCCCGAGACUACAAGGAUGAGGCUGCGCUGGCCAAGUUCCUGAAGAGCUCUUUCUAUGCCAACCCUCAAUCCUACGACUACAAGAUUUAUCCAUCCCAAGUGCAUAAAGAUGAUGUGCCACAGGCUCUUCUUGAACACCCUGAAGAGUUUCCUACCAUCUUGCGUGGUGUCACCCUUUGACACGCCUGACUCUGAAAGACAAAAAGGCUGCAGCCAGACGGUGUGCAUUGUUUGAACCAUGCAGCGCUGCAAAAACGAUCUGUGAACUUCCACAGCAGAGAAGACAUGGAGGUUUCAGAUAGCGACAGGGCUCAAAUGUACUUGCGCAUUCACAGCCAAAGGGUUGAGUAUUUUUCUGUAGGUGCCAGCCGCACUGAGCCAAACAAGUCCUUUUUUGGAUGUGCCAUGACGAGAUGUUGCAACAGCUCUGUUGCAACUCGUGAGAAGAAGCGCUUUUCAAUGCUUACUCUGGCAAAGUUGGAUAGUCUCUACGUCGGAAGAUCAUCAGGCCAAGAGCUGCCUUCGCUUGCCUUCGCUUCAGCGCAGGUGAGCACGUGACUAGUUGGAUUCCAAACUGCACGAAGUGCAGUUGGCGCUUGAUCCAAAGGGUAGAACCAGCGCCUCCUACGACUCAAAGGAGUGCGGCAGCCAGUUGCACAGGAGCCGCCCCAGGGCUUCCGCCUCUCCGGAAGACGCGAAGGAUUUGUGAGGCCGUGUAGAGC